GACAUGAUGAAUGUAUCCCACAAAAGAUUUAUUUAUUGGAGAUUAAUCUGUGUCGUGUAUGUGACUUCGUGGUUGGUAUUUCCGGUUAGCGGUCAGGGUUUCCACGUGUCACCGUCCAGAUAUGGCUCCAAAAACCCAUCUGCUCCAUCCGGGCAACUCGUUCAUAAUGCGUCAAAGAAAGUUAGGUACGCAGGAGCCAGCAGAUCUCAAAAACCCGGAUUUUGUCCGUCUGUGGUAUUGAUGACGUCACAAAAAUGCCCGGAUGCUUGUGGUGAUGAUAACGACUGUACGGGCAUGAAGAAAUGCUGUCGCAAUGGUUGUGGUAAACGAUGCACCGUUCCGGAAGUGCAGAACCACGCAUCCCCUGCGACGUUUGGACAAAUUAUCAAACACAUACCGGAACCAUUUUCUGGAGUUCCGGCUACUCAACAGAACACUCCAUACGCACAAGGUGGCGGAUCAAACACUUCAAGAAGCCAAAAAGCGCCACCAAACGGCGGAGUGUACAAUCAACAGUUCCCACAAUCUGUCGGAUAUCAAAACAGAAAUCCUGUUAACAUGCCAGGCAACUUCAAUUCCAAUUUCGCUGCCGUUAACGGCCAACAACUGAAUACCCCUAGCCGUCCUCCAAAUCAGACACAGAUUCACAGCAAUAAUCCUGCAGGCGGAUUUACUAACUCCCCAUCAAACUCAAUUGGUGUGCAAAAUCAAAAUAGCCACCAUAUUGCAGGAUCUGGCAAGCAGCCAAAUGAUCCACACGGCAGUCCGAUGGGCGGGGCGCAGACUCCACACGGCAGUCCAAUGGGCGGGGUGCAGACUCCACACGGCAGUCCGAUGGGCGGAGCACAGAUUCAACAACGCAAUCACGCAAAUGCUGUAGGAACCCAUCCUCCGUAUGCAAACGCUGAUUCGAUGGGCAAUCUCGUAAAUCAACCCGACGCGCCCACCAGUCAGUUUUCUGAUCCCAACUACCACACGCAGAACAAACCCAACCACAAUAGCAACCAGCAGUUUUACUUUGCAGCUGCCAGUCCAAAGCAUCCCCCUCCACCUCAGGUCAAUACCGGAAGUACUAAUCAACAGAAUAAUGUCCCACAAUCGUACAUUGCCCCGUCACAGCAUGGUGGAACAGACCCAUAUCAUUCCGUGAGUCAAUCAGGUCCACCGACUGGUCAACACGGCGCACCAAAUAAUCAACACGGCGCACCAAACGGACAACAUGGCGCACCAAACAAUCAACACGGCGCACCAAACAAUCAACACGGCGCAAUGAACGGACAACACGGCGCACCGAACAAUCAACACGGCGCACCAAACAAUCAACACGGCACACCAAACAAUCAACACGGCGCACCAAACAAUCAACACGGCGCAAUGAACGGACAACACGGCGCACCGAACAAUCAACACGGCGCACCAAACGGACAACAUGGCGCACCAAACGAACAACACGGCGCACCAAACAAUCAAUACGGCGUUCCAAACAAUCAACACGGCGCACCAAACAAUCAACACGGCGCACCAAACGAACAACACGGCGCACCAAACAAUCAACACGGCGCUCCAAACAAUCAACACGGCGUUCCAAACAAUCAACACGGCACACCAAACAAUCAACACGGCGCACCAAACAAUCAACACGGCGCAAUGAACGGACAACACGGCGCACCGAACAAUCAACACGGCGCACCAAACGGACAACAUGGCGCACCAAACGAACAACACGGCGCACCAAACAAUCAAUACGGCGUUCCAAACAAUCAACACAGCGCUCCAAACAAUCAACACGGCGCACCAAACAAUCAACACGCCGCAAUGAACGGACAACACGGCGCACCAAACAAUCAACACGGCGCACCAAACAAGCAACACGACGCUCCAAACAAUCAACACGGUGCACCAAACGGACAAAACAGCGUACCAAACAAUCAAUACGGCGCACCAAACAAUCAACACGGCGCACCAAACAAUCAAUAUGGCGCACCAAACAAUCAACACGGUGCACCAAACGGACAAAACAGCGCACCAAACAAUCAAUACGGCGCACCAAACAGUCAACACGGCGCACCAAACAUUCAACACAGCGUGCCAAACAGUCAAUACGUCGCACCUAGCAAUCAACAUGGCACACCAAAUAAUCAACACGGCGCAUCCAACAAUCAACACGGUGCACCAAACGGACAAAACAGCGUACCAAACAAUCAAUACGGCGCACCAAACAAUCAACACGGUGCACCAAACAAUCAACACAGCGCACCAAACAAUCAAUACGUCGCACCUAGCAAUCAACACGGCGCACCAAACAAUCAACACGGCGCACCAAACAAUCAACACGGUGCACCAAAUAAUCAACCAGUUGCAACAAUUAACCAGCAUUCUAGCUUUCAAAGCAGUCCCUAUAGGUCGUUUCCGGAUAAUCAGCCCGAAUACAAUCAACAAACCAACCUGAUGAGGGAUUCAAAUAGUAAUUAUGCUAAUCCUGCAGUCGGGCAAUAUGGUUUACCUCCUAAUGUUGCAGGCGGGCAAUAUGAUUUACCUCCUAACGCUGCAGGCGGGCAAUAUGAUGUACCUCCUAAUGCUGCAGGCGGGCAAUAUGAUUUACCUCCUAAUCCGACAGUCGGGCAAUAUGAUUUACCUCCUAAUGCUGCAGGCGGGCAAUAUGAUUUACCUCCUAAUGCUGCAGGCGGGCAAUAUGAUGUACCUCCUAAUGCUGCAGGCGGGCAAUAUGAUUUACCUCCUAAUGCUGCAGGCAGGCAAUAUGAUUCACCUCCUAAUGCUGCAGGCGGGCAAUAUGAUAUACCUCCUAAUCAUGCAGAGAGGAAUCCUAAUUCACUUCCUUCGGGUAGCUAUUCGCAAUUCAACAAUCACCAUGAAUCGGUAGGUGUUUCGAACAAUCAGUCUUACAAUCAAGCAUUCGAACCAAUGCAGAAGAACCAUUUCAAUGCCGGAUCACAACAAAAACAGCAAUAUGUUCGUCCGUUUAACAAUUCAACAAGAGGCGGAUCAGAGUAUCAUAACAUUCCCAGAGGCGAAUCCAACCAGGGUCCUGACAUGUACUCACAACCUGAGGUGGGUGGAUCCAAUAUUCAGUAUGAUCAUGGAAUCAACUCAAACACUGCAUAUAACAAUCCAGUCCGAACACAACCACUACAACCAAACAGAUAUCAACAAAACCAUCACAGUGGCAGAUCUAACAGCCAAUACAGGAACACUCCAAUGGAUGGAGCAGGAGCCGGAAAUCUCCACACGGUCCCUCUCUAUCAAACCACCCCAAUCUACGACGUACGUGACGGAGUCUGUCCGGAAUUAUUCAGUCGAGGUGUCUGUCAGGAUGAAUGUCGAACGGACGGACAGUGUCCGGGCAACCGGAAGUGUUGUUCUAAUGGCUGUGGACGGGUGUGUCUGGAGCCUAAAUUCCAGGAUGCUAAGCAAAACCCCGUAGUUCCGAAAACGAUCCGGAAACCAUUGAAACAAAGAAGCCGUGGACUUCCGGAUCCGAUUUUUGGUGGAGACUCAACUAAUCUCGUUGAUCCACUCUCCUUGAAUGUACUUGAGAUCCGCCCCUUUAGUGUCGGUCAGUCACAUAGUGCAGUGCAAAUUCUGCCAUACGAGUACAAAGAAGGGAGGUAUGAUCAUCGCUCAGAAAACUCUGUUCUUAACGAAAUUGUUGGGGAAACUCGUCACGCAUCUGACCCUCACAGUUACAGCCAGGGACCCUCGAACGCCGCACCAGAAAAUACAAACACACAAUCAGAGAAUCCCGUGACAGAUAGACUCAUAAACAACAAAAUUCAAUCUAAAGACAUGUUUUCCGGAAGUGCCGUUAAACUUCGACCGAGCGUGUUCGGAAGUGUUAAGAUUGUUCCGCUUGACAUGAAUAAAUUUAGAAAAUCGAAGAUAGGUGUAAACAAGAAAUCGAUGGACGUCGCUGAUCAGCCCCAAACAAAUGGUGCUGAACUCGAAAAUUCCCACAGCGUUAGAUUUCACAAAAAAUUACCGGAAGUUAAACCAAAAAGACCAGACGCUAACGAAUUCGCACCAAAUAACCCUUCUGAAACAAGUCCGGUGAGGAGGAAAAUUAAAAAGUAUUCUCAGACCAAUAAUCCGAACAGAUUGCGUACAGUAAAAACAAUACAAUCGACACCAAGAGAGAGGAAUGUCAAGAGAGAUCGUGGCGAGCCAUCCAAAGCAUCAAGGGCAGGUCUAGAACUCCGCGAGGCCCGACUCCACCAGGAACCGCUUUCAUCGGCAGGCCGGUCACCGGCUACAAUGUAUAAGAGUGCAUUAAAAGCAGGACAGGGGUCCCAAUUCAGAGUAGGGAAUCCUGAUAUUAAUAUCCAUGGACGUCAUAAUCAAAAUAACGCACCCGAAAUAACUCCAGUGCAACAGAAAGAUCGUGAACCUCAAAGGUCACAUCCCUCUAGUGCAUCGGUGGGGAACCAUGGGCCUGGAGGUAAGGACAAUCCCAAACCUGCACGUCUGGUGGAAGUGGCUCAGGGAGGCCCAAGAGAGGCGGGAAGCCCAACAGAAUCAAUGACAUCCGACAAUACUGGUAAUCUUCGACCAAGUGCAAGGUUCGGUGUGGAAUCUGCACCACCACGUCAUGGGGAGCAAAUGGAUACUAUGCAGUUUCCUGCUCAAAGGAAAACCAGCGCAGGACCUCUAGCACCUGUGACUAACCCGGGAAUCCAAGCCCCGGUACAGGACCCGGCAAUCCAUCAGAAGGGAGAAGUAAACACAAACUCUAAAAUGACAGUGAAGAAACGCAAGGAGUCCAACAGGAAUGUACACCCUAUGAAUUCCAUCGAUUACAAAAACAAUGGACGAGGCAAGAACUUUUUCAACCCGGUUUAUGAUCAGCCCACUCCCCGGGAACUAAAUCCGACCACUCAAUUUGGGGAUGGUAUGGUCCGCGCUAUACCGCGACGAGGGAAUUCCUUUAGUCUCACCGGAAGUGGGAAGGAAGCAGGCAGCAGCAUGUAUGACGGUUCCACGUCACUGCAGUAUAACGCCGCUAACCUCGGCAUAAGUGAUUACGGGCAUCCACAGACAAGUGCGUUCGAGGCCCAGCCAAUCAGACGUCAGCGGAUGGGAUAUCGCUCCGCCCACACGGGACUCAGCGCCGCCCACACAGGACUCAGCAUCAGUAAAAUAUACAAUGACGUAGGGCAUGGCAGGGCCAUCAUGGAACCACCCAGUCCGUUUGAGUUCAGCUCAGAAUUUCGUCGACCUAGCACGAAAAGGCCGAACCCGACCUAUCGACCACCUAUCGACUCUUUAGGUCAAGUAUACAUCGACAUCGCAAAAUUCGCAGAUAAUUCCUUGAUGGCCGCGCCUAAUCCACUAAAACUCAGCUCGGGAGUUAGGGGACAUAUCCCAUAUGUCAAAACAACCAUCCCGCCAACUGUUGUUAGCACUCCAAAAGAAACUCCCAUUUCGUUUAUAGAGAAAAAAACUACAGAUACGGUUAAAACAAAUGCAUUAUUGAAAAACCCUCAACCGGAAGUGAAAAAGAAACCCACCACUCCUAAACAAUAUAUUCCAGCAGGAAUGGCUCUUGCCAAAGGCAGUUCUGAAUACCCUGCCAACAUGAAGGCAAAAUCAUCUCAGUCUGCACCUAGACUCGGUAUAAGCUCCACACUCAUUGGGGCACCCCCUCCUGCAAUGAAAGUGGAGAGCAAAAUUUUCAAUAGAGCAGGAUUUAAUUUGUUUUCGGGAUACAAACCACAAUAUAAAGUGCCAGUGAAAGAAAUCCGCAACCCGUCCAUAAAGGGCGUCCCCGUGUUCAGCGCCAGGACCAGAACCUUUGGCUAAGAGCCAAGUGACAUCAGCCACCGCGUGUGACCUCAUCGACUACGUCCGUUAUUGUUGUGGUGAAGAUAUAUCUAAUUUGAUGUGAAACAAACUCGGUAUUCGACUUGAGGAGAUUGUGAUUGUGAGCUUUGUUUGUCUCUUAUGCUAAGUUUAAUAGUAUAUAUACUAGGAACCACAGACUGACAUUUUGACGGGCUAUGAACCCGAUAUUUCGUAGAAUCCGACAUUUUCCAUUGCAAACUGUUGGUGCACGAGGCCCAUGAAAAAUCACUUGAUAAAUGAUUCAUUUCGGGAGAACAUCGUUUACAUCCUAUAUAAACUGACGUGUAACAGAAAAUGUGAACUUAAGUUAUAAACCGAUUGUAUGACAGGAACGGGAUGUACAUUGGAUUUGUUAUAUUUUUCAGGUCUGUAGAAUCUGGUACAGAGAGGCUAACUCCUCUUCCCUCCCAUUUUUUCCCGGAAAUUUCUUUUGAAAUUAACAAAUUUACACAAACGUUUGCCCCUCCCACGUUUCGUGCUCCGCCCCCUCAUCGGUUUCUACAGACCUGCUUAGGGAGAAAGCUAUGUAAUCCAUCAAGAUCUUCUGGAAUUGUGUAUGAUGCUCGAGAAUUAAAUAUUUUAUAUAGAAUGGCUUAUUUACUGUGGUGUAUCAUUGUUUUGGGCUGAGGGAGAAGUGCAAUAACUUGAGUUUUGUGAACUUUUGCAUAAUUAUAACGGCAAUAUUUCC